AUGCGGUCCGACCUUGAGGAGGAGAUCCCAGAUGCGAGGGCGGAAAUCCAGCAAAUGAGUGGGCUGAGCCUUUCCAUGCUGGCACGGUCCAGAUCGGAUAUGGAGGGUGUCGAUCGGCGGAGCUUGUUUGAGGUGUAUACUGAAUUGUGGCGUGCGUGGGAGCAGAGCGCAACCUUUCAAACCGAGGCAAAAGGCAAACGGCGUUUAUCAGUUUGCAUUUCUGCGGACUUGGACUUGGCCAAGUUUGGUGACGUUGACUUCAGAAUCAAGGUGGACCGGUCUCGUGGGCUGGAAGUCGCCAGCAAGUUUAGGGUUCCAAUUCACACCUGCACCAAGUCACUCAACCCGCCUCGCGAGAGGCCAUCCGAGGCGGGCAACAUCCCCGGCCCCAGUGGCGUGCUUGAAGUUCUGUCGGUGGAUAGCAGCCGACUUGAGAAUGAUACCAAGAUGUACUUCUUCUUCAAGGUCAUCAAUGUUUCUAGCCCGCUGAGGAUUACGGUACUUGAGGGGCAGGCCGUCACUGUGCGAGACCGCCAUGACCUGCUCUGGGUUUGGAUACCUGCAGGUAACACUCCAGCUUCGACAGAGGUACCCAAGGGUGUGUGCAUUGAGGUGAUCAAUGCAACUAUUCGGACACAGGCUUUGGAGGAUAUGCGCCUUGACUAA